AUGACCGUUAGCGCGCUGAUCUCGCACGUUAGCAAAAUGGCCGGUGACAACGAAAAUGAAGGGGAAGUUUUUGCCUUCCAGGCAGAAAUUGCUCAGUUGAUGAGCUUGAUCAUCAACACUUUUUAUUCAAAUAAAGAAAUCUUUCUGCGAGAAUUGAUCUCCAAUGCCUCUGACGCCCUCGACAAGAUCCGUUACGAAUCUCUUACUGACCCUUCCAAAUUGGACAGUGGAAAGGAUUUGUUUAUCAAGAUUGUCCCCAACAAAGAAGACAACACCCUGACCCUUAUUGACACUGGCAUUGGAAUGACCAAGGCUGAUAUGGUGAAUAACUUGGGAACCAUUGCCAAGUCUGGCACGAAGGCUUUUAUGGAGGCUCUUCAGUCUGGCGCUGACAUUUCUAUGAUUGGUCAGUUUGGUGUUGGUUUCUAUUCGGCUUACCUUGUGGCUGACAAGGUGGUUGUGGAAUCCAAACACAAUGACGAUGACCAACACACCUGGGAAUCUUCUGCCGGCGGCACCUUUACCAUCAAAAAUUCUACCUCCGAGUCUAUGGGCCGUGGUACGAAGAUAGUGCUGCACUUGAAAGAAGAUCAAUUGGAUUAUUUGGAUGAAAAGCGCAUCAAGGAAGUAGUGAAGAAACACAGCCAGUUUAUUGGUUACCCCAUAAAACUUUUGGUUGAGAAAGAACGAACCAAAGAAGUGUCAGAUGAUGAAGAGGAGGAGGAAGAAGAGAAGAAAGAAGAAAAGAAGGAAGAUGAAGAAGACGAAGACAAAAUCAAAAUUGAAGAUGUAGAGGAUGAAGAGGAAGGAAAAGAAAAAAAGAAGAAAAAGAAGAGUAUUAAAGAAAAAUAUUUGGAAGAUGAAGAACUAAACAAAACCAAACCAAUUUGGAGCAGGAAUCCUGAUGAUGUGAAGAAUGAGGAAUAUGGUGAAUUUUACAAAUCUCUGACGAAUGAUUGGGAAGAACAUUUGGCUGUCAAGCAUUUUUCUGUUGAAGGUCAGCUUGAGUUCCGCGCUUUGUUGUUUGUCCCAAAGAGAGCGCCAUUUGAUAUGUUUGAAAACAAGAAAAAGAAGAAUAACAUCAAAUUGUAUGUUCGCCGAGUGUUCAUCAUGGACAAUUGUGAGGACUUGAUUCCUGAAUAUCUCAACUUUAUCAAGGGAGUUGUCGACUCUGAAGAUUUGCCUUUGAAUAUUUCUCGUGAAACUCUGCAACAGAGCAAGAUCUUGAAAGUGAUCCGCAAACAUCUGGUGAAGAAGAGCAUUGAAUUGUUUGAAUCCCUGACUGAAAACAAGGAAGAAUACAAGAAAUUCUAUGAACAAUUCUCCAAGAACAUCAAGCUUGGAAUCCAUGAAGAUCAUACCAACAGGAAGAAGUUGGCAGAGUUCCUGAGAUACCACACUUCAAGCUCUGGCGAUGAAGUUGUCUCUCUGAAAGAAUACGUUUCUCGCAUGAAGCCAGAACAAAAAAGCAUUUAUUACAUUACUGGUGAAAGCAAGGAAGCUGUGAAGAAUUCUGCUUUUGUUGAGAAAGUAAAGAAAUCUGGCUGUGAAGUUCUGUACAUGGUGGACCCAAUUGAUGAAUAUGCUGCUCAACAAUUGAAGGAAUUUGAUGGCAAAAAUCUGGUGUGUGUAACCAAAGAAGGUUUGGAAUUGCCAGAAGAUGAGGAAGCCAAGAAGAAAUUUGAAGAAGCCAAAACUGAAUAUGAAAGUUUAUGCAAAGUGAUCAAGGACAUCCUCGAGAAGAAAGUGGAAAAGGUUGUUGUUUCCAAUCGACUUGUCGAAUCUCCUUGCUGCAUUGUAACCAGUCAAUAUGGUUGGUCGGCCAACAUGGAACGUAUCAUGAAGGCCCAGGCACUCAGGGAUACGUCAACAAUGGGAUACAUGGCAGCCAAGAAGCACUUGGAAAUUAACCAUGAACACCCAAUCAUCAAGGCUUUGAAACAGAAAGUAGAUGCUGAUAAGAAUGACAAAACUGUGAAAGACUUUAUUAAUUUAAUGUAUGAAACCUCGUUGUUGGCUUCUGGCUUCAAUCUUGAAAACCCACAAUCUCAUGCAAAGAGAAUUAAUCGUAUGAUUAGAUAUGGACUUGGUUUGGAUGAUGAAGAGGAAACUGAAACUGCUGAGGCUGCUGAAACUGCUGAGGCCUCUGAUAUGCCUCCUUUGGAAGAUGAUGAUGAUGAGUCAAAAAUGGAAGAAGUUGAUUAA